AUGAGCCUCGGGCCAGGUCUGGAGACUAGCAUCGGAGGGCAGCUGGUCCGUCAUCAGAAGGCCGUCUCAACAGCUCACCUCACUUUUGUUAUUGACGUUACCUGUGGGAAACAGAUCUCGCUGGCAGCACCCCCAGUGCAACCCCGAGUCCCCCGGCCCUACCGAGGACUUGUCAUCCCCCCAAUGAAGACCCACAUAGUGUUCUAUGGGGACAACUGGCCCCAUUUGCCUGAGAAGGCCUCCCUGGGGGGGGGAUGCUCUGUCCAGCCCGUGGACACACUACCACCCCAGAGAGAGAUUGGGGCCCCAGCUUCCUUACCAGAUAGCUUGCUGUAUCCCCAGGAGGUUCCUGAACCCAAGGGGAACCCCUUAAAGGCUGUGCCCACAAGGUCUUCUGCGUGGGGAACAGUCAAGGGCUCACUCAAAGCCCUCUCCUCCUGUGUCUGUGGGCAGGCAGAUUAG